ACUCUGUUGCCAUUGUCACCACAAAAUACUAAUAUUCAAAAUUUGAGCCCAACCUUUUUGAAGUCAAAUAGAACAAGCAUCAUGAGCAUGAACUYUUUGGUCAAAGAUGCAACGGCCGUUGAUAGUGCCGGCGGCGACGAUGAUUUUUUCGAAAGCCUCAGAAAACAGCAAUCCAAAAACGAUGGGGUCAAGGAAGAAAAGCGACAGCAAAUGAACAAUAUCGUGGACAACACACCAAUCACAAUGGUUCUUGACACAGAAUAUGACCAACAUAGUGAUAUUCCUGAGCUUAUUGAAAAUAUCAGUCCUACUUCGGUUGACGCAUCUAUUUCUACAUCGAUAAGUAUCGACGAGUACACGAGCAAAGAUAGCACACGAUGUGUCAAUGAAACAAUGGAUUCAAAGAUAAGSGAYGAAAAGAKGUAUCAUAAGACAAAUUUGCUCUCGAGYAUUAUUCUAAUCGUCUUACUUGCUCUAAGUAUGGUUGACUUGAAUAAUGUUGACUGGCUCUCCGACGAACCCCGAAUUUCAAAACCGAUAGGGAUUACGAGCAAGAUCACUACCGGAAACAUCUCUGAACGGUUCGAAAUUCCGGUUCGAAAACAAUCUCAAAAAGAAAUUAGACAAGAUUCGACCCAAUUGCAAGAGCAGAAAGGAACCCAGGGUGAAGAAAWGAAGAAAAAAGAGAGCGCCAUUCUGCCCCAUCACCUCAAUCUCUCGGCAGCGACCGAAAGUCAGAGCUCUGGAAACCAAGGUGGUUUCUUGGUUGCUCAAAUUCAACAACGGGAGCAUCAAGAAAUACAUGACCAGCAGCAUAAACUCAAGRCUCAAAGUCAGGAGGAUUUYGGAGUGCAACAGCAGAACAAUKCCUCUAAUAAAAAAGGACACGACGAACUCCGAGAUGACUUUCAUACGGACCGCAAACACAACGAAAMAGAAAGUGCGGAAUCUAAACAAAAUAGAGAAACUCACAGUCACGUCAUUUAUGAAGCAGGAUUGACGGGUGAAGACAAAGGGGYCUCUACCUCGUCCGAAAAAACUAACGCAGACUUCAAAUCUGACAGAGUAAUCAUAGAAGAUAUUUCCAAACCACCUCAACAAGAUUGCCCCGAAGCGAACGACACUCACGGGAAUUUUAAUCUUCGGGAACGAUUCCUUCGACUUACCUAUGCAUUGCGAUCAAAUCRAAUUAAGUGUCAGUUUGAAGUCCUCAAGUCCAUGAAGUGGGUUGUAUCUGUGGUUAAAUAUACAACAGUGCGAAUAAUAAGUGUCAGCAAAGACUUUGCUCGACGUUUGAACCACACAAUACAAGACCUGAAAUCGACCGUUGAUCGAUUUCAAGCGAAGAGUUGCGUUGAUGGACAAAAAUCGGUGAAACAGUUGAUGGACGGGAUUGCACGAUUUGCCGCUCAUGCGAACGACGUAACGAAAGUUUUGGCAUCAACAAAGAACCAGAUUCAAGCAAAAAGUCACAAGCUAGAAGGAGGAGAGGAAUCAAUGAAACACGUUCGCACUUUCAUCUGGAAACGAGCAUCAAGGAUUAUGUCUCGCAAACUUGAAGUAUCGAUGAUGCCAAGAGUCGACAUCUACAACUCGAAUAGAAAUAGUUARUUUAUUGCUCGCAUAUACAAUGCGCUGAUCAUAAUAAAUUUUGGGGUUACUUAAUUAAACUARAUGGGAGUUUCAUAACGAUAAUUAAAUUUUUCAAAAUGU